AGCCAGUGGGCGACCAACGCCAGCGAUGCCAGCGGUGCCAUCGGGGCUGCCCCCGACGCCUGCCUGAGCCUGGAGGAGUACCUCGAGUGCCACCUGGGCCCGCGGCGCUCCGCCGACUUCCUGCCCGUGUGCGUGGCGUACCUGACCAUCUUCCUGGUGGGCGUCCUGGGCAACGUCGUCACCUGCAUCGUCAUCGCCUGCAACCGCGUGAUGCGCACGCCCACCAACUACUACCUGCUGAGCCUGGCGCUGUCGGACCUGCUGGUGCUGCUGCUGGGGCUGCCCCUGGAGCUGUACGAGAUGUGGCGCAACUACCCCUUCCUGCUGGGCCGCGGCGGCUGCUACUUCAAGACCUUCCUGCUGGAGACCGUGUGCUUCGCCUCCAUCCUCAACGUGACCGCGCUCAGCGUGGAGCGCUACAUCGCCGUGGUGCACCCCCUGCGCGCCAAGUACGUGGUGACGCGUGCCCACGCCAAGCGGGUGAUCCUGGGCAUCUGGUUGGCGUCGGUGCUGUGCGCCGUGCCCAACACCAGCCUGCACGGCAUCCUGACGCUGCCGCCGGGAUCGGGCGCAGAGGGCAUCAGCGAGUCGGCCAUCUGCACGCUGGUGCGCCCGCGAUGGAUGUACAACCUGCUGAUCCAGGUGACGACGCUGCUGUUCUUCCUGUUGCCCAUGCUGACGCUGAGCGUUCUCUACCUGCUGAUUGGUCUGCGGCUGCACCGCGAGAAGAUGCUGCAGGCGCUGGAGGACAAGUUCAGCCGCGCUCGCAACCGCAGCGGAUCACCCGCGCCCACACACACACACACACACACACGCGCACAGCAGCAGAGAGCGCGCCGACGACAGGUCACCAAGAUGCUGUUUGUCCUGGUGGUUGUGUUUGGGAUCUGCUGGGCUCCAUUCCACACUGACCGGCUCAUGUGGAGCUUCAUCGAGCACUGGACGAGCGACCAGCUGAACAUCUUCCAGUACGUGCACGUCAUCUCCGGCGUCUUCUUCUACCUCAGCUCGGCCAUCAACCCCGUCCUGUACAACCUCAUGUCCAGCCGCUUCCGCGAGAUGUUCAAGGAGGUGGUGUGCCAGCGGCAGCGCUCCCAGCGGCCCGUGCCCGGCAGGAAGCAGUCGCUCAGCAUGACCCGGCUCACCUUGCGGAGCACCCUCAGUGACGGCCCACAGUGCAACACCAUCGCCAUCGCCAGGGUAGAAAACACCGUCGCCAUCGCCAGGGUAGAAAACACCAAUGCCCUCGCCAGGGUAGAAAACAACAAUGAAUCCACCUUUACCUAA